GAAGGGGAUUGUAGCCAAGAAGCGAACGGAAAGGCGAGAGAUUUUUAUUUUAUUUUAUUUUUUGUUUCCAUUGGGGUUUUAGAAUGAAAGGUUUAGGGGAAUGGGAUAAAAUAUAACACCGACGACUCCCUAAACGGGUUUCGAAUUCGACGGCCUUCUCGUCUAGGGAUUCUUUUCUUGGGGUUAUUUGGGUUCCAAUCUCGUCUCUGAUCGUCGGAUUCGCCGGAUUUGCCAGGAUCCUCGUCGGUGAGCGCCGGAUUUCGCCUUGAUUGCGUUCGAGGGUUUUGGUUUUUCGUUCUUUUCUGGGAUCGGUUCGUGUUGUUGGAGACAUGGCGGCUUCUUUGGUGGAGCGUGCCACGAGUGACAUGCUGAUCGGUCCGGAUUGGGCGAUGAACCUCGAGAUCUGCGAUAUCCUCAAUCGCGACCCUGUACAAGUAAAAGAUGCCAUAAAAGCCCUCAAAAAACGUAUUGGGCAUAAGAAUCCAAAGAUUCAGCUUCUCGCACUGACAGUAAGUUCCACAAAUGGUUUUCAUUUCCUUAAUUUUUACAUAAAGUUUGAGAUAUCUAUACUUGAUCACUGACUUUCUGGAGUUGCUUGUAAUAGGCUUGUGUACUAACUUGGUGAAAUGCUUAUGUUUGCACGUAUUUUCUUUAAACUAUUACUUACUGGCGAACUUGUAUACACCUUGUUCUUACUUGCCUGAUUUAUAUCUUGUAUAUUGUACUUGUCCUGAAUCUCAAUUCGCUUGACAUGAAGCCUGCCCUACCACCAAAAAAUCUGCAUCAAAACCCUUAGUGGGUUAUCAAAACCUGAUGAAAUGUUUAAGUUUGCCCAUAUUUUGUUUAAACUAUACUCACUGGUGAACAUGCAUGGUUCUUACUUGCCUGAUUUAUAUCUUGCAUACUGUACUGGUUUUGAAACUCAUAUCACUUGUCAUGAAGGCUUUGCCCUAUCACCACAAAGAUUGUGUCAGAGCUUCAAAGGGUUUAUCAAGAAGACAAGAUGUCCUAAGCUAAAAUAUAUGGAAGUUGUCAGAAAGGAUUUUGAGAGGUUCGUAAUAAGAUUGACAUGCUGCUUAGUAGAAAUGAUUGGCAAUUGGAGAUUUAUAAAGUUCACCCCGAGGAAACCAAGCUUCAUGUUUAAUGAUCAAUAAAGGCUCAUGCUUGGUUGAUUUGGUGCAUAUAUUUUUAAGUUCUGAGAAGAGUUUAACUAUUAUGGGUAUCUAUAGUCCUCUAUAUGGAGGUAUUAGCUAUUCUUGUGAAACCGAUGUGAUACAUUAUCAACCAUUUAUUAGGAUAAUACUUGCUUUUUCUCUGCUUAGAGAUAUUUACAUAGAGGAAGUUGGCUGGGAAGUUGAAAGUUUCAUUUUGGCUUCAAUUGGUGUCAGACAUAAGCAUUUUUCUCCUAGAAAUUGUUCUCAAAAAAGAAAAAAGAACUGGAAACUAGAUGCAAAAGAGAAUCACAAAGGAAGAAGGGUACCGAUAUUUCAAACGGUUUAAUAGGGACUCAUUCCCUGGGGUCUCACACCCAUAUUCCACCCAUGACAUGCAGAAAAGAAGAAGAAAGAGUUCCUUCAUUCAUUGAAAAGCAAGCAUACAAUACCAUCAUCGUAAAGAACCCUAAAAAGAAGCCCUUAAAAGAUGCUUAUUGUUGUAUUUUUAUUCAGUCUACAGUACCGUGGACAGUAACCUGCACAAAUUUUAUUUCUAAAAUGCCCUCGAACCUCUCACUAAUCAUGCGACUGAACUUAGUCACUUGAAUUCAGUCUUUUUCACAAAUAAACUGAGCCAAACAUGGACUAGAACUGCUAAAACAGAAAAUAAAAGUAGAACAAAAACAAAUUGAUACUAAGACCAAAAACUUGGCAAGAUCCAAUGAUGUUUGAGGAUGCUCAUGAAGCUCCCAUCAUGGCCCUAGGUCAUCCAAGUCAAUCCAAAGGCGAUGUUUCUUUGCUCGCCUUGUGUAGACUUGAAAAAUCCGUCAUGAUCCCCAUUGUGCCUUUCUCCAUCUUCAUUGCUUUAUUGCUAUUACUCAAUUGUACUUGUACUCAUAUCCCAGUGUGUGGUCAUUUGCAUCCCUUGUCAGAAAUUUUAACAUUUUGAAGAAAAAUCUUCUUGAUUUGAUGCUGUUACAUUUGAUUAAGCCUACAAAUGUGAACACUCAAAGGCUUCAUUUUUCCAUAUUUGGAAUUUAGUUUAAUAGAGAAGGCUCGAAAAACCCUGGAAAAACUACUCAACCCUAAGGGCUUAGCCCUGUCUAGAAAUAGAAAACUUAAUUCUUUUCAAGAAGAAAAUAAAAACACUUGUUUUCAUGUGUUUCGUUUGGUUUUUUAGGCAAUUAAACCAAGGUGUAACAUAUAGGUUUUAUGUUUUUUGUGUUGUUGAGGUGGUAUCAUUUGAAUCAAGCACAACCUUCAAAAUCAAGGGGAUGAAAUUUUUAUAACCUAAGUGGGAUUCCAUGGGAAUCUGAAUUUUCUAACUCUUUUAAUUUUUGCCUCCAUAUUGCUAAGUCUAGGAAAGUGAGGAUAAGAGCCUUUUGGAACUUUUUAAGAGAAGGGAUCUCUUUACUUUUUCAUUCCCUCUUAUUGCUAGAAUGACAUAUAACAUUUAAAUUAAGGACCAGCUCUACAAUGUAUUCUAUGAUGCAGUCUCAUUGCAAUAAGGCAGCAGAGCAUUGAUAUUUUCUUCAGGUGCGACUUCAUGCUUAAAACAUCUGUACCUUUUGACCUGUGGCAGCUAAAUAAUAUGGAGGCUGCAACUUAGCUACCAAAAGCAUGUCCAGUUGUGGGAGUGGAUAUAGGUGCAGAUGCAGUGAAGCAUUUUUACUCUAAAAAAAGUGAAUAAGGAAACGUUUACGAAUCGGGUGCAAGAUGAGUUUUUGAAGAGAUCCUUAAGCGAGUUUGCUACCUUUUGGAAGUUUUCCAGUGCCAAGUGGUGCAAUAUUACCUAUUAAAUAUUCUCGUUUAUUUUAUUGCACCAUGCCCUUUAACUCCCUUUCCUCCUCUAUCUUAACCCAUCACAGUCUCCCCAUAUUCUUAAAACGAUCCUGUAAAACCAUCUGAUCAUGUGAAUGACUUACAUUGUUUAUAUAUAAUCGAAUUUAUAGUUUCUUGAUGAGCAAACUGGAGAUUUCCUUUGAUCCUUCGAAAUGUCACUGCAACUCCCAAAUAAAACCAGGUUAAACCCCACUUCUCAUAUCAAUUUGCUUAAGAUAUCUAUUCAUGAAGUACUGUAUGUUAAUACAGAAAAUUUCUGUAACUUGAAUUUCUUGUGAUAUUAAAUUCUUUAAAGCUUUAAGAUCCUUAUUCCUGUGCCAACCAGUAUCAUUUCAUGGAAUUGGUGCUUCAUCUCUUGGAUUGUACUGCUUCAAAUUGUCUUUUUAUAACCUAAACAGAAUAUGAACUUUUUGUAACCCUUCAUAUGCGAUACAGUUCAAGGCUUUAAAUAUUGCAUGUUAAUGGCUCGGUGCUGGCAUAGUGUGUGCCAUGCCAAUGUUUGGCAUACCUUGGUACCCCGGUCUACAAUACACUGACACAUGAUGAUGCCAUGUGAUGAUUGGGCACAUAUAGCUGGCACCUCAAUCUGAUGUUAUAGUCAGUUAGAUUCAUAUAAUACAAUCUAAUAUAGUAAUAUCUGAGAAAACUUGUAAAUCUUCAAUUGUCAUAAUUUGCUAAUGGACUGGUGAUGACUACAAACCUUCUCCAAUCUUGCAUGGCUUGCUACUUGUGGAUAACGUGUAAUAGCUGUGCAUAGAAUUAAGUAACCAAAGUCCUCUUUCGAUGGUGAUGCAGUUGCUUUAAAAUAUCUUUUAAUCUUGUUUUGCAAGUGCUUCCUAGGCACUUACUUUCUUCAAGUCCUUUUUGCUUGCUUCCACUUGAAUCAGCUCCUGCUUCAUAUUUAUGUAGCUAAGGUUUGAAGACUGGCUUGAUUAUAAUAUUGGUAGGUGUGGUUGAUAGGUCUGCAGCUUUUCUUAUGCAAUGGUUUGGGUCUGGAUUUGUUUUGUACAAGUCAUUUCACUGAUCAAUUACAUUGUUGUCGGUUGUAAGUAUUGAAUAUCAUGUGCCGAUGCUGUGCCAGUGUGACACUGACAUAAUAUGUAUCAUGCCAUGCCAGUGCUUGGCAUGCACUAGCAUGCUGCCUGGGGCACACCCAUGAUGGCGCCAAUAAAGUACCAGCACAGUACAUGCUGAUCUCUGCCAACCAUGUUGACCAGCCCUUUAAUCCUCCGACUUAAUUGCACUUCUAUCUUAUGUUGGACCGAGUUUGUACUUUUACAAGACUUAAUUGCACUUCUAUCUUAUGUUGGUACAAAUUUGUGCCAAAAUGAUGAACUUUUUUGGGCAGUUCCCAAGACCAUUAGAAAUUGCUUAUCUUUGUUGAGCUUCAUCAGUAGUCGGCUGGUCUUUUUCCCUCAAUGGUCAGGGGAUAUGACUGCUCUCUAUGGAAUGCUCCAUACUUUUGUCAUAGAAUAAUUAAUUCUAUAAGAUGCAAAUAACCUUGAUGCAGGUCCAUUUUGCAUAAACUAGACUUAAGGUACAAGCCAUAAUCAUCCAACCAUGAAGCCGAUAGGAACAUUAUAUUCUGUUCUAGAUUUUCAAUUUUUCAACCAAAUUUAUUGUUUUCUUUUGCUCUUUUAUCUUUCCCACCAUUUAUGGUAAAUUAAAAAUCUUCUCUCAUGAUUGUAAUCUUGGUUUCGAAGAUGUUUUGAUACUUCUAGGCUUGUUUUUUAUUAGCCCAUUGCACUUUCUAACCUUUUUGGAUGAAGAGAAUUUUUAUAUUGUUUGGCUGUUUGCGUAGGUCAAAACAUUCACUGGCUAUCUCUGCAUUGUCCUCCUAAAGUUUAUUGACAUUGCUCGGGAUGAGUUGAUAAAUUAUGGCCUAUUUCAUUUCAGUACAAAACAUUAAUAUCCUGUCAUGUUGCUGCAAGUGAUCUUAAUAUUAGGAGCCAGUUGUCCAUUGAUGCCUUUUAGUUGUCAUCUUCUUUUGUGAGCUUCAUAAAGAUGUGAUGAGGAUCCUUUUUCGAAAGAACAAAUAAUGUAACAAGUAAUUGGAGGAAGUAUUUUUUUUCCUAGAAGACAGUAAGGAAGAUAUUGUUUUCUUCAUAAAUGUUUUCUUUCUAAUUUAAGUAGAUGUUGAGGGCUAUGUUGUAAGCGGGCUCUUUGGCUAAUAAUUGAUGUCUCAGAUUGUUUACAAUUUUAUAAUAAGUAAUUCUCCACUUCCUGUUGCAUUUAGCUUCUUAGCCUAAGGGAACUUUGAAGUGUCAUUGGGUGACUGCACAAGCAUAAAGUGUGAAAUGAAGGAAAAAAAAUAUUGGUCCUGCCUGUCUUUUGUCCUUCAGGUUUCAUGGCAGUCAACUGCUCUUGUAUAAAGAUGCCUCAGCCAGGACUUUUGCACCAACUCAAAGGGUUACCAUCUGGUUGAUAGCCUGUCUUAGAACAUUUUGAUGCUGUUGGAAACAGUGAUAAAAAAUUGUGGAGACAUAGUCCAUAUGCAUGUGGCAGAGAAAGAUAUACUGCAUGAGAUGGUGAAGAUAGUGAAAAGAAAGCCAGAUUUUCAUGUCAAGGAGAAGAUUUUAAUAUUAAUAGAUACCUGGCAAGAAGCCUUUGGUGGUCCACGGGCAAGAUAUCCACAAUAUUAUGCAGCUUACCAGGAGCUGUUGCGUGCUGGAGCUGUAUUUCCUCAGAGGCCCGAGAGGUCUGCACCUAUAUUUACUCCUCCACAGACGCAACCUCUGAGAUCCUAUCCACCAUCUUUGCGAAGUCCUGAUUAUCAACAAGAAGUGCCUGAGUCAUCUGUUGGAUCUGAGUUUCCUGUUUUGAGCCUGACAGAAAUUCAGAAUGCUCGUGGAAUCAUGGAUGUUCUUGCUGAAAUGCUUAAUGCUUUAGAUCCUGGAAACAGAGAGGGACUCAGGCAGGAGGUAAUUGUUGACCUUGUCGAACAGUGCCGUACUUACAAACAAAGAGUGGUACAGCUUGUGAACACAACUUCGGAUGAGGAAUUACUUGCCCAAGGACUUUCUCUGAAUGAUGACUUGCAGCGUGUGCUAGCAAAACGUGAUGCCAUUGCUGCAGGUAUUGCUGUUCGUGUGGAAAAACCCAAAUCACUUCAGGCAUUAGUAGAUGCUGAUGAUUCUGCAGUACAGCCAGAUCGUAGGUCCAGUACAGGUGCAAGCACAAGUAAGCAGCCUCCUCAGCACUUAUUGUUGCCUGCACCUCCAGCAUCCAACGGUUCAGCAACUCCAGCAGCAAAAAUUGAUCCUCAUAUGGACCUUCUUAGCGGGGAGGACUACAAUACACCUAAAAAUGAUAAUCCACUGGCCCUUGUUCCUGUCAGUGAACCACUUGCAACUUCUGUUUCUGAUCAGAACCUGUUAGCUCUUGUGGACAUGUUUCCCCAAAACAACUCUAACAAUAGGAAUGGCAAUCCUUCCAGCUCUCUUGAUUCACAUUCCACACUUCCAGCAUCACAAACAUAUCCUGCUGCACCCCAGUUUCAGCUGCAGCCACAACAGCCUGCCCUUUAUCCAAAUGGAGGCAUCCCAAACACAGGCGCUCCUCAAUAUGAGCAGGCAGCGUAUGAUCAAGGAGCCCAAUUGAACCAUGCAGGUUCUACAUGGAAUGGUCAGGCUUCUCAGGGCUUAAAUCCACAGCAGCAGGCACUAGGCUAUGAUGCAAGUGAUCAAGCUGGAGCUCUCCCCCCACCACCCUGGGAAACUAAAACAGUGCAGAGUGACCAAUUGCCUAAUUUGCAGCCCCAGCUAAUGCAAAGUGGUCAGCUGGGAGGUAUGUUUCCCCAACCAAUGCCAGGCAACCAGCUAGGAAGCAUGCACCCCCAAUUAUUGCCAGGCGGCCAGCUUGUAGGCUUGCAACCUCAGCCUAUGCAGACUUUGCAGAGCAGUCAGUUUGCAGGCAUGUAUCCUCCACUGAUGCCGAACAGCCAGCUUGGAGGUAUUUAUUCUCAAGCAGUGCUGGGAGGACAGAUGGCAGGAAUGCACCAACCACACAUGCAGGGAGGUCAGCUAAUACUAUAUGGAUAUGGACAGCAGCCAGAAGCUCAGUUUUAUGAUCAGAGGAGACCUAUGUACCUUUCUGCUGGUGCAAAUGAGCUCUCUCGAAGAAUGUAUGGGCUUUCCAUGCAAGAUAACAGCAUAUAUAUGAACAUGACUCCCUCUUAUCAGACACCUACUUCCUCUUCUUACCUGCAGCAGUCCAGCAAGCCAACCAAGCCUGAAGAUAAGCUGUUUGGUGAUCUUGUUAAUAUGGCCAAAUCGAAGCCAAAUAAACCUUCUGCUAGUAAAGUUGGGAGCUUGUAAAAUCAGUGAGUGGGUCCUUUCUGUUUUGUUUCUUUAUAUUUUUUUUCUUUGAUUUGCUGUUCUCGCUUUAGCUCCUUCUUUUAUAAAUAUUCUUCUCUUCUGCCUCCCUGUUUGUAUGUUGUGUCUGUUGGUUUUAAUCAUGUACAUUUAUUAUAGAGAGGGAAAAUGGAAAUAGAUUGAUUAGGGAGAUUUAAGAUACCAUUUUGUUUUUAUUAACCCAAGGUUUCAGAGUUUUUGUUAAUGACUAGAGUCUUGAUGGCUGUUUUAUAGAAAAAAGUUACAUUAUC